AUGAACGCCCUUCAGCAAAAGUGUCGGCCGAAACAUCAGGUCCUUGUCCUAAAAUGUUAUCCUCGAACCGCGAAAGGCGCUGUCGAUGUCAAGCCCAACAGCAGCGAGCUCAGUUAUCUCCUGUAUUACGCCACAAGCCGUCGAUCCAAGAUUCAAAAGAUUGGUGCCUUUCUCGAAAAGAAGACCGCCAGUGAUGUUUGGCGUCUGCGUAUUGGAAAUGUCCAAGUCACCCUCCAGAUCUUGUCAGCCUUGAUGGAAAAGCUGCACAAGGAUUCCGUCCUCAUUGCUCCAUUCGUCCUCAAGAUCCUCGAUACCGUCCUCAGAUCCGACGACAUCACCAUGAUCGAGUCCUCUCUACCUACGUUCGGAGCCUUCUGCGAUUAUCAUGAUGCAGCUUUUCUAUUAGCCGAUCAAACCUACCUCCGUCAAUAUGAAGAGAUCGUCCGGUUAUACGCUCAGCUUGCUUCGACAACCGCUCCGGGCCGCGAGUCGCUUACCACACCCGUCAAGGUCCGUUGGAGAAACGCAGGCCUCGAGGCUAUCCGCAGCGUCUCCACAGCCGAUGCCCUCUCCUCGAUAACAGGCAGCCAAAUGCAUGUCAUUAUGCCCAGAAUCCUCGAGAACCUUUGGUCCGACACACCCGACUUCCUCGAAAUCCUACAUCAGCGACUCGAAGAGGAGGAAAAGGUCGAUACCGAAAAGCAGUUACGACGUAGGACAAGCAUCGCUACAGUCGGGACGGAUGGAGCAAACGACCCUAACCCUGUUGCCCUCUCCGGAACUGCCGGCGAUGUUGAUAAACUCGCCGAAGAGGAAGUCGGAGUAUUGGCCAUGCAAUGUUUGAAGAGCAUCUUCAUUGUACCCACACGCGCUCAAAUUCACGGCGCCACCGUUUCGCUACUAAAGUUCAUCCAAGAAAAGGUUGCGCAGGGCAACUCGGUAGUCGAGCUCCAUGACGAUCGAGAACGAGACAAUGGCUGGGCUAUCAGUAUCUACAGCAUUAUCGCACGCUGGGCUCCCGUGCAGGAUAGAUACACCAUCCUGGUAGCGGCCUUGGAAACGCUACUCCGGAUCCCAGCACAAGACGCGACUCUCGAUGAACAGCUUGCGUUGGUAACAAUCAUGAGUUCCCUCUUACGAUCCGACGUCAACCUCAUUGGAUUGAGCAUGAUGGACGUGCUCCUAGGCUUGAUAAAGCAGAUGAGGAAGCUCUUUAGGUUACGAAGCCCCGCCAGCCGAAGCGACGAUGGCAAUGUCGCUACCGCUGAAUCCGAUACGGCUGUGCGUCAAAAGAACAAGCAUCUUGUGGGCAGACUCGAAUUGUGCAUUGGCGACUUGGCUACCCAUGUUUAUUACGCCGACCAGAUUGCUGACAUGGUUUCCGCGAUUAUUCUUCGUCUCAAGCCAAGUCGGGCAUCAAGCAUCAACUCUUCUCCAGGAGGCGAAAAGAACGGCAACGAGGCCGGACCAGGUGCCUCCACAGUAGAGCUGAGCGAAAGCCAGCAGCUUGACCACUAUUUCUGCAUUAGUACUGGCAGGGCAUCUGGCCUCCGUGCUAUAAAGGAGAUUCUUCUCGUUGCAAACCCGCAGAAAAAGCUCACCGGCAACCUAGCCAUGUCUCGCAACCCUGUGCCAAUACACGUCUGGGAAGGGACUCACUGGCUUCUUCGUGAUCCAGAUGGUCACGUCCGCAAAGCAUACAUGGAAGCUAUUGUUACAUGGCUCGAUCGCGAGACAUCAUUUGCAAGUGAGAUUGCUGUUGAAGAAAAGCUUCCUCGUUCUCGUUCAUCCAUCAAGAUGAGUAAGGAAGGUAGCUCUGGUAUCAAUCGACGAGCCGUUUCGAAUGCCUCCCACCGUGAGCGAGGAUCGAAGCCUCGACCGUCACAGUUCCUUGCUCUACUACAUCUAGUCAUCUACGACAAUGCUCUUCAAUAUGUCGACUUCGAAACCGAUCUCGUUCUGCUACAUAUUCUUCUAACCAGGCUCGUCCUGCAGCUGGGUGUGAAUGCCGCUCGCUACGGCCUGCCCAUGAUUUACCGGUUACAAGAGGAUGUCCAAGUGAUUGAGACGCCUCUCCAUAAAGUCCGAAUUGCAGCGCUUUGCCACGGUUACUUCUGGGCGCUCAGCGAAAAGUUUGACUUCAAAGAAUCUGACAUUGGGCAAGCUAUCGAGAGCGAGGUCGCCCGUCGCAAGAGAAAGGCGUUUUGGGUUCAGGGUAUCAACAUGCCCCCUCCCUCUCUCGAUCAAGUCGGUAUUCCUGGCGAGGCACUCCCGCAGCCAGAUUGGGACUCUGCUUCAUUGGAAAGGGAGGAGUUGCUUCCAUUUGACGAUCGGGAGGCGCUUGUAGAGUCCGUUGCGGCACGCUACCAUGAGAGCCUUCAAGCACCUCCUGGAAGCCCUGGGUCUCCCGGUAGAAAUCCUUCAGGGCCAAUUCUUGGCUCAAGUCUUACUUCCACGGGCCAGGCGGACUCUGACGUGGAGUUGCCAGUUGUUUUCCGCGAGCAUAUGCUGGGAGACUGGUCCAGAGAUGCAGCGGCUGCCAUGCUUGCUGCUGCUGGAAAGUCGGAGUCAUUGACAGGGUCCAAGACGGAAACUACGGGUACACGAGGUCAUCUCACGGUUAAGACGAAUGGCAUGAACGGCAAUGGGCUCGCUAAUGGCCACGGGCCAACAUCGCCGUACGGCAGUCAGUAUAAUCUGAUGAGACCUCACUCAUCACAUGGUCAUCGUGAGAAGGAGCGAGAAGGAACUAUUCCGAGGCACCGUAAGGGUAGCGUACGCAGUGCCCAUUCGCCAGCUGCUCUGUCCACGGGCAACCGAGGCACGGUCGCCUCGGUUGAUCAGCUGAAGCUUGUGCUCUCGGGCAACCCCCCACCAAAAACAGCAGGUUUGGCGGGAGACGAUGACAGUGGGGACAGUAUGGUCAGCUACGAUUACAGUCUCUCGGAUAUGAGCUUUAACCCAGCUACACAGAAUGACCAGCCGGGUAGUCCGACCAGCGUCAAGAGACCUGGCACUUCUUCCAAGCGAGGGCCACUAAGCGCGCAUCCUCCUCUUGGGGGAGCACCAAACUUGCAUGAAGAACAGAAUGGGGAUGGGUCAGUACCUCCUGUGCCGCCACUGCCGGAUAUGAACAUGUUGGGAGGCAAGAGAAGUCCAAUUCAGGCAAUGGAGAAUUCGUUCCAGGAGAAGGGGAGACGGCGCAGUCUCAAUAGCCGCAAUGGAGACGGAAUGCGGCCCAAAUCGGUUCGCUCCCAAGAAACCAAGACGAUGGAUCUUCAAGAUCUUCUCCGAGGGAUCGAUAGCCGGCCGAGUGAGGGAAGCUUGGGCAACGUGACGAGACCUCCAUACUAG